AUGCCGCACGCAACUUCCAUUUCCUCUCCACCAAGAAUGUUCAGCCGUAUCAAGGAUAAAUUCUCCACAAAGAAGUCCACGAGAGAAUUGAAGACGCAUUACAACGAAAUCAACAUGGGUAACUCAAACACAACUCCCGGGGGCUACCCCAGCAAUAAUAAUCCCUUCCUCGAUGUCCCCAACGAGGCACCUCCUGCUUAUGAACCAUUUACCAAGUCCUCUAAUCUCGACAUUCCUCGUCGAGCUGCUUCUCCAGCACCCAGUGUCUCCAGCGUAACAAGCGCAGAGGACAAAUAUGCUUUCCUUUCGACCUUUGAUACCGUCUUUAUCAUCGACGAUUCUGGUUCCAUGGCCGGCCGAUCGUGGAGAGAGGUCCGCGAAGCACUUAGUGCCAUCGCACCAAUCUGUACAUCUCAUGAUCCUGACGGUAUCGACGUUUACUUCUUGAACCACCGAUCGAAUGCCGUUGGAUCUGGCACCCAAGCCCCUGGAGGAUACUACAACAUCCGCGACGCUAGACAAGUCGAGCACCUCUUCAGAUCUGUUCGCCCCUGCGGUUCCACACCCACCGGAGCUCGUCUGCACAGCAUUCUCAAGCCCUACGUCUCGCACAUCGCUCGCCGCGCUGAGAACAUCGACUCGACCAAGCCGGUCAACAUCAUCAUGAUCACCGACGGAUGUCCUACAGACGACCCAGAGAGUAUCAUCGUGCACCACGCCAGGAAGCUCGACCAGAUUGAGGCGCCUCCUCACCAGGUUGGAAUCCAGUUCUUCCAGGUCGGAAACGAGCUUGGCGCAACAAAGGCGCUCCGCGAGCUGGACGAUGAUCUUUCAGGGCAGGGUAUCCGCGAUAUGGUUGAUACAGCCACAUGGAACUCUACUACUGUGACAAACAGCCAGACUUUGACUGCAGAGGGCAUUCUCAAGGUUGUUCUUGGUGCGGUUGUGCGACGACUCGAUCGUCGGUCUACUCACGGCACUCCUCAGGGCCGCGCUCACUAA